AUGCUCCGCCUCGUCACCAUCGCCGUCGGCGCUUUCGCCACUCAGGUCUUCGCCCAGACGGCAGACUUCACCAGUAUGACUUGGGGUCCCGCGACCGUCGGACAGGUCUUGCCCAUCCACUUCACAGCUGGAGAUGGGACGCCCGUCUCUUUGUUCUUCGGAAACAUGAGCUGGAAUGAGCCUGUUGCUACCGACAUUGCAGCAACUUCGGGAGAGUACGACUGGACCAUCACUGUUCCCGCUAGCUUCGUCCCGGGCGAAUAUGGAGUGGGCAUCGUUCAGAGCGGCUCUUCGAACUUCUCUCCACUUUUCGCCGUGAGCGCGGCGGGUGGUGCAGCGCCUCCCAUGUCGAGCUCGACUUCAAGCUCCAUGAUGAUCGCACCACCAGUUACAUCUUCAACGACACCGAUGUCGACCAUGCUUCCCACAUACAUGCCAAACGCAACCCUGAUUUCGGCUGUUGCAGAACCCACCGUAACCGUCACAUACUGGGAUCCCAACUGCGGUUGCCACAAGACCUCGGCGAUGCCUGCCAAUGCUGCUGCCACUGGUGGAAUGCCAGGCACAACAUACACCUGGUACGACAACAACUGCGGAUGCACCAAGACCGCUAUGGCCCCAGCCCCGACAAUGGCCGCAUCCAACUACACGGUGCCCCCUGUGAUAAGUGCUGGUACUAAUGUUCCUCCCCCACCGCCAAGCACCGCUGCCACCGUGGCUUCCGCCCCUGCGACGACAUACACUGGUGAUGCCAGCCGGUUGAUGAAUUCGGGCUUAGCCAUCGUGGCGUUGGUCGCGGUCGCAGUAUUGGCAUGA